AUGGCUCUCAAUGCGUUUCGCUCCGACCCCCAGUCUGCAGCCCAGAAGGCCGUCUCCGUAAUCGGGUCCGGGUACGAUCUCCGCAACGAUAUCCGGUUGACCGCAUGCAAGUCCAUGCUCAUCGAGCUCGACCCGACCCGGACCCGGGACCUCGUGGUGCCGGGCGGGGCUGUCGUGCCCGACGUGUCCACCUCCAUCAAGUGCGAUAAAGGCGAGCGCACCCGGUUUCGCUCGGACGUCGUCUCUUUUAAUCAGAUGUCAGAGCAAUACAAUAAGGAGCUGUCUUUAUCAGGCAAAAUUCCGUCCGGCUUGUUUAAUACUAUGUUUAACUUCAGCGGCUGCUGGCAGAAGGAUGCAGCUCCCACAAAAACUCUUGCUUUUGAUGGUUGGUUAAUAACGUUGUAUAACAUUGAGUUAGCAAGAUCCCAUAUAACACUAUCCCAGAAUGUGAGACGAGAAGUGCCUUCUACAUGGGAACCUGCUGCCCUUGCUGCGUUCAUUGAAAAAUAUGGUACUCAUAUUGUUGUUGGGGUGAGGAUGGGUGGAAAGGAUAUAGUUCACAUAAAGCAGUCGCAAAAUUCAACUCUUCAACCCACUGAAGUGCAGAAUUUGUUAAAGCAGUUAGCUGAUGAGAGAUUUUAUGAAGAUGUAACUGGAUCGAACUCUGAUGAUUUAUCAGGAAAAAUGAAGGAUGACCAUUCUAUGCCCCGGAGUGUUCAGAGAACAAUAAGGCAACCUAUCAUCACUCCAAGGAAUGAUGGUACAGUGACCAUUUGUGUUCGAAGGGGAGGUGUUGAUGUUGGUCAAAGUCAUAACAAGUGGCUUUCAACUGUAUCACAGUCUCCUAAUGUCAUAUCGAUGUCCUUUGUCCCCAUAACUUCACUUUUGGGUGGCGUCCAAGGAAAUGGAUUUCUAAGCCAUGCAGUGAACCUCUACCUUAGAUACAAACCGCCAAUAGAGGAACUCCAUCAAUUUUUAGAAUUUCAAUUACCACGUCAAUGGGCUCCAGUGUAUGGUGAUCUGCCUCUUGGUCUCAGGCGCAGAAAACAUGUGUCCCCGUCACUCCAGUUCACUUUUAUGGGCCCCAAGCUAUAUGUUAACACCAUGAAGGUUGAUACUGGAAAUCGACCGGUGACAGGAAUGCGUUUGUAUCUUGAAGGUAAGAAAAGUGACCAUCUGGCAAUGCAUCUCCAGCAUCUUUCAACAGUUCCGGAUACCCUCCAACUCUCAGAUGAUCACAGUUAUGAGCCCAUUGACGAGCCAGAGGAACGAGGCUACUUUGAACCUGUCAAGUGGAGCAUAUUUUCACAUGUAUGCACGGCCCCAGUACAGUACAAUGGUGCCUGCAUUGAUGACUCUGCUUCAAUUGUGACGAAGGCCUGGUUUGAAGCCAAGGCUGUUGGAAUGAGGAAAGUUUUAUUCCUGAGGCUUGGAUUUUCAACGGUGGCAUCUGCAAGAAUCCGUAGAUCAGAGUGGGAAGGACCCUCAAGCUGUUCUCGAAAAUCAGGAUUCAUCUCAACCUUGAUCAGCACAAGGUUUAGUACUGCAUUGAAUCAACCCGUGACACCAAAAAAAGUGGAUUUGAAUUCAGCAAUUUACCCUGGUGGACCACCUUUACCUACGAAGGCACCAAAAAUGGCGACGUUUGUAGAUACCGAGGAAAUGUUGAGAGGUCCUGAGGACUCGCCAGGUUAUUGGGUGGUAACUGGAGCCAAGCUUUGUGUAGAGGGUGGCCGAAUCUCAGUCAAAGUGAAGUAUUCAUUGUUGACAAUAAUGUCAGAGGAUUCUAUGAUGUUGAUGUAA